GAGCCAAGGCAGGCUAGAAAAUUCAUAAAUAAAUCAAGCAGACUACAGAGACUCAAAAUUCCGAUGGAGGACGUUGUAAACAAGCUAAACGAGAUUUGCAACACUCUGAGCCAACUUGAAGACCAUCUACUCACAGUGUCUUCACUCCCUAAUGUCACUUCAUCAGCAUCUCCAGAGCAAAAGCUCCUCCUCGAUGCUGUAAUUUUACUUGGCUCUAUAACAAAAGACUGGAAUAAGCAAUGCUCUGAUAAUAUGCAGAAUAAUUCUAAUUGCAAUUCUGCUUAUGAGAUACAUACAAUACUCUAUAAUACUGUGACUGACAUUGAUAAGAUUCUUAAUGAUGUCCUUUCUAACAGCCUUCAUAUAUUAGAGCCUUAUGGUGCUAUUGAAAAGAUGCACGAAACAUUCACGAUUGUUUUACAUUUGUACGAGAUGGUUGGAAACUGCAUGGAGAGUCCUCAGCUGGUACAGGAUUUACAUGACUCAAUUUUUUUCAGUAUCAAUUCAUGAACUUAAAAUUGUUAUUUUCAUACAUGCAUCAAUCAUACAAACACAUUUUUGUUAGCAAAACCUAUAAUAUCUAUGAAAAGAAUUAGAAUAUUUCAGCCCCACCCACAAAAUAAUCUUGUUUUUAGUGGGGGCGCAUGUCACGUGUUUGCACCACAGCAGUUAGCUUGUACAAAAUGUCGAACCACAUUUCUUUCAUUGUAGUCCUUUUUCUGUUGUUAGCAGUUGCUCUCUCGGUUCGAGGAGAUGUGAAUGAUUGCAAAGUAUCUAUAGGUGGCAAAAAUUUUGAUUUAUCUCCAUUGAAAAAAGAGUAUAGCUGGAAACAGAGUGUAUACGACACAUCCAACAACGUACUGACUAAUAUCAGUUUCUCUGAUACUGUGAAUGUCACAAUCCAGUUGGGUAUAUGUCAGAAUGUGAGCUCCCCAAUGAGUGGUUGCAGUGGAUCUGGUCCUAUUUUUAUGAUGAGAUCAGAUACAGAAAAAUGUGUCAAUCUAGGCAGCCUUAACGUUGCAAGGUUUGAGCCCAAUCCAUUUCAAGAUGGUGUUUACAUGGAUUUGUAUGACGGCGAUAUGAUUGAUCACAUCACUCGUUAUGAGGCUAGGAUUUAUUUUGUUUGUAGUCAGUCUGAGCUGGACGGUCCUUAUUUUGAGCACUUGAAGGAUUCCAAUCAAGCACACUUCCACGUGUCAACAAAGUAUGCUUGCUGAGGGAAACUAUUUAUCAUUUUGCUACUCUUUUUUUGUUUUUUUUGCACUAUCUAUUUGAGUAGCACAUUAAUUUUGUUUAUAAGUCUUUUUCUAUCAAUUAAAAAAUCCAACAAUAUAAAAAGGAUGCAAAUAGUCCAGAUAAAUAAUAAUAAUAAAACCCUUUCCCAGGGUUUGUUUUUCUAUUAUUACUG